AUGGAAAACAAUACUGACAGGAAUAGUUAUUCUGAUAUGGUCCUUAGUAGUACAAUUCUCAACAUUAUUGGGACUGUGAUUGGAGUCAUUGGAAACUCUGCCAUCAUAUUUUUCUACUUCUUUCGGAUUAAGGAGAGAGGCGAGCGAUACUUUAUACCCCUGCUUGGUAUAGUGGAUCUUUUAGGGUGCUUAACCUUCUUUUUUUGUUUCAUCUUUAAUGUUAAAAGCAUUCACCGAAGUGAUGUUUUUUGUAAAGUCUCUUCGUUUCUACAGAUUUGUAUUCCAGGAAUAUCCGCACAUACAAUCCUUGUUAUUUCGAUUCAAAGGUAUUACUUAGUCUGUAAGCCAUUUGGACCGAAAAUGACACGUUUUUGGAAGCGCGUUUUAUUUGGAGUUGCUUGCUUGGUUUCUUUAGUGUAUUCCGCCCCACUGUUGGCUACUGCCGGACUUUUUACAGUAAAUGUUACGUAUAUGAACCGCAGUUUGACAAUGGAAGUGUGCAACUAUUCUGACAAACAGUCAAUUUCAAAGAUUAUGUAUCCUUACCUUUUGUUUCUGAUAAUUGCAGUUAAUCUUAUCAUUACAAUUUGUAUGUAUGUUCCCGUCUUGAAGAAGGUUAAACUCCUAUACAGUUUUAGAACAGACAAAAGUAGUAAAGUAACCUCUGAGACAGAAAUGUCAAAUGUAUCAUGUAAAUUGAAUAUGGAAAUCGAUGACACCGAGAUACCAUGCAACUCAAAUAAACAGAAGGGGACGGCAAUAACAAUUAGAAUACCAAACGUUCAUAAAAACGUAAUGUUUGAAACGUCGGAUGUAUCUGAAGAUCAAGCACACACCAUAGAAGUCCAAAAUGACGUUGAAGACAGUAUAAGAAACAAUGUUGCUGAUACUAUUACAGUUGACGACAUUAGUUCAUCAUUUACAAAAACUGAGAGGAUUGUUCUAUUCUAUUUAGGUAAACUAAUUCUUCUGAAUCACAUCAUCAAUCCUUUCAUUUAUGGAUUUUUUGACACAAAGUUCAAGGAGCAGCUCCGCAAAUUGUGUCAAAGAAAAAAGUAUAAAUUGCAAUCCUAA